AUGGAUGCAGUUCCCGGACGAAAGGCACAAAUGACAUCUCGAUCGGCGCCUGACCUCACCUACUGCCAGCCAUGCGCGGAGGACGGCAAGAAAAUCCCACCCGAGGCCUUCUGUCCCAUCUGUAAGGAGUUCCUGUGUUCCACCUGCGCCCGAAUACACCGGAACCUGAAAAUAACUAAAAGCCACGCCCUCCAGGACAAGAACAGUAUGCCUUCCUCAUUCCGCGGAGAGAGCGAAGAUGAAAAAUUUACAGAAACAUGUCUGCGUCAUUCUCAGGAGUUCAUAAAAUAUUUCUGUCUUAAUCAUGAGACACUUUUGUGUGGAGACUGCCUGACUGAGAGAGCUCAUCGCUUAUGUAAUAUUGAAAGGAUUUCUCAAGUGGCAAAACGUUACAAAGAGGGUGCAGAAUACAACAGCCUGAAAACAGGACUUGUCCAGACGGCCAGUGACAUCGGCAAACUUUCACACGACAUACAAGCGAUCAUGAAAUCAGUUGACGAAGAAAGCCUUACCAAUAUCAAUGAGCUUCGCAAAUUCAGGACUGAAAUUAACCAGCACCUGGAUAAGAGGGAAAACGAACUCUUGGCAGAAAUUGAUCAGAAGAAACGAACAUCCAAGACACUGCUAAAUGAACUGAAAUCAAAAUGCACAAAUAUGAACUCAUCCAUUGAGAAACUAAAGUCAGAGCUACAAGCACAGGACGACAACAGCAACCAGCUAUUAAUAGUAGGGAAGCGAGCUAUAAAAGAGCUGACAGGUCUCAACGCAGCCAUGGAAGAGGUGAGCAGGAGGAGUGAAGUUUCCCGAUACAAGUUUUACAGGGUCCCCGCAACUGAGCAGUUGAUUGCUUCUGAAAAAUCAAUAGGAAGGUUGGACGAGAGCGAUACAUCGUCGGCAUUAGCGCAGAAACAACGACAACAGCAAACGAAGCAGGAACAACGGCAACAGGAUACGAUGCAACAACACCAAAAACAGAUGAAAGCUGUUUCACAAAAAGGCGAAUCAACUUCGGCGGUAGGGCAGCAAGAACAACAAAAUGAGCAGCAGCCACGCCAACUCGAGACGAUGCAGCACCAACAAAAACACAUGCAAGGUGUAUCACAGAAAGCCCACUUCAGCAGCAGAGCAGACCUAAGCCAGGCCAAGUUCAGCAAGCAGCCUGACAUUUCAGUGAAGACAUCAAAUGGUAGCAGGGACUGCUGGCUGACCAAUGUGACCCUCCUGACCGGGGACAGUCUCAUACUGGUAGAUCACAAUAAUUGCUCAUUGAAGCUGGUGGACACCAAUAAUAACAAGCUGGUGUCCCAGGUGAAACUACCAGAUGGACCGUGGGACCUGUGUCACCUGCCCGGGAACAGGGCAGCCGUCACUCUGCCUGAUUUGAAGAAGAUACAGUUCGUAUCUACUCAGGGAAAUGUCACAUUACUGGAUCGUGUUAAAGUAGAUGGACAAUGUUUUGGAAUAGAUUUCUGUGAUGACAACUUGAUAGUGACCUUCAUCGACCCAGGUAAGGUUGUGUUGAUGAACAUGAAGGGAAAGGUGAAGAAGAGUGCGGACAAAGACAGCAGUGGAAAACCUUUGUUUCAGUAUCCGUAUUAUCUGACAGUGACCAGAGAAAGCCGAACUCCCGUCAUAUAUGUCUCGGACUGGUACACCAACACAAUAACCAAGCUGAGCAUCUCACUAGAGGUCCUCCAGACCUACCAAGACCCGAUACUGAGAUCACCACGUGGCCUGGUAGCUGUGGGUGACAACCAGCUGCUUGUGUGUGGGAUGGACAGUGACAACAUCGUGUUACUGGACACGCUCACGGACGAGAUAGCCCAACUGCUGGGGAGGGAAAAAGGGAUAGAGAGUCCACACGUUGUGGCUUACUGUUCACUGAAGAAGAUGAUGUUUGUCACAUGCUAUCGGUAUCGCAGACUUGAAUUGCAGAAUUUCGUGAAAUUAUUCAACUUAGUAUAG